AUGGCAACGUCAUUCGGCGGGCCGAUACACAUAGACUCGAGACCAUGGCUAGAGGUCAACAGACGGCGUCGUGAUCACGGCGAUCGCGACCACAACCGCAGACAUGGUGUCUUAGAUGAGCCAGAGAAGCUCACGGAUCAUCACCAGAGCGACAAUGAUAUCUACCAUGAUCGACUUCAGCGUGACCAUCGCUCGGACCCGACGCAGAUCAUUCAAUCAAGUGCUUCCUCGGGUGUGAAACAUGCCAGUGUCUUCAUAGGAUUCUCCCUACCAGUAAUCAUGCUCGUCGUGGUCAUAAACUCUCCCCAACUUUACAAUUUCCAUUCAGAGUAUUGGAACAGCAUGUUCAAUCACUGCAACUUCAACGGAGUCUUCACGCCGCUCGAUAAUCCCUCAAUGAGCCAGUGGAACCCGUCUGGGCUAUUCUAUAUUACCAUGACAUGGGGUCAAAUGUCCUUUCCGAUUGCGAAAUUCAUCGACGUUGUUUGGGACAACAUAGCUGGCAGGGCAGUACAAGCGAUCCUUGCGUGGAUUACCUACAGGGUUUCAUCACAGUAUCUGUCGUUGGCAAUGCAAGAUGCCCCGGUCUCUUACUCCACCUACGAAGCAUUGGCAUUUGCACCGCCUACGUUCAUUCGGACCAUGGGAUUGGCCAGAGAUCUUCUGACCAGGCGCGGAGCACUGGCACGACUGAUCAGUGUCUGGAUUGUGUUGAGCUCGAUGUUUGUCAUCAGCUUCUCCUCUUGGGCCACGGCAAUGACGGGCUACAGCAGUAUCUACUAUGCCGUGAUGGAGACGUAUGAUGGUGAGCUCGUGAAGUGGGACAAUUUCCAAGUUGUGCAUUUUGCCAUCGCCGAUGCAUGGAGAAUAGGCGAACCAUCCCAAGUUCUCAUAACGACCGGGAGAGAGUGCGUUGCCCAAGGGUUUCUCCCUGAAGAUGGUGAGGACGAUGAAGGAAGCGUAAAAGAUACCACCGAUGAUGAUGGGCCUUGGGAGUACGUGCCUGGCAACUGUUCAUUGUUCUGGCGGACUGUUCAAUACGUGAACAACUAUGGUCUUAGCGCGAAAAAAGUCCUCCCAAGCGUGUUCAACAUGGAUGAUCUUCAACACAACUUGAGCUCUCCAACACUCAACAUCACAACUUCUUAUCCCAGUUCUUCACUUGGAAUUUUAGCAGGAUAUCUUGAGGAUAUAACGAAUGGCAAGCAUACCUCCAAGCUGCAUUAUGUUCAAGAUAUACAACCGUCAACAUUCUGGACGUAUCGAAAUGAAACAUAUUCUUGGGAUUACAUGCUCGAUCAUACGUCUUGUCGAUAUAGCGAACACCAUAGUUGGGGCUUUUCAUUCCUCAUACUUUUCAUCACGUCACUAUUACUCUGUAUAUGGUCAAUCGGAACAUAUGCUUUAUGGCUUUAUAUCCAAUUGUAUGAUCAAAAACAGAAGAGUCGACACAGUCAAAAAACGUUUGGAAUUUACAGCGCAAGCGUGGACUUGGCACAUGCCUUGAAAAACGAUUUCGGCAACGAGGAAGUCCAGCCAGCCAUGAGGGAGUCGGAUAUUCGAUCUUUGAUUCGACGCAGGGGGGAGGCGACACUCACUGGUGUCCAAAGCCCUCCGACAAUGAACUCGGCAAACAUGCAGGAGGCAGCCAAGACGUUGCAGUCUAGCGGACCGUAUUUUGAAGGAAAUAGUCACCCUAUGGCUCCUGACAACAGGUAUUCAAAGCGGCCCUGGAACAACAUCAGGUCAUUACUAUGGCCAAAGCCACUCGCACUCUCGCAUACUCUGCCCUACCAAACCACAUCUUCCUCACAAGCGCAUAUUAUCCACUCAUCGGGUGCUGAACCACCAUUCACGAAAGCAUCAAGCCUCUCGUCGACCACGAAUCCAUCGACGAACUUCGAUUUCAGCCCUACGAUCCCAUCUCCGGAUGCUCCCGGAGCAACCUCUCGGACGAAUGCGAUUGCGAAGGGCAUAAGAAACAGCGGCAGAUCCUGGUCUCCUCUUCCUAAUAACCAGGUCGGUGAAGGGGUGGAGUCAACUUUCUUCGAAUUUAAACGCGAUCUUGGUGACGACUGA